GCUACCUGUAGCUCUGCCCAGAUUAUGGGCGGGGUUUGGAGAGUGAACUUCCUCACUGUUCAAAGCAGCACAUCAGAAAUGAAGUGAUUUCUGUGAAUCAUGGACCAUGCGGCGUCCCAGACUGAUUCGUCCCUCUGUGCAGAGGAAGAAGCUCCUGUGGUGGGAAACCAUGCUGAGUACUGUUCUGGUAAUCAGGCGUUUCAGGCGUUGUUGAGUGAGGACAGGAAGACGGAGCUGCAGAGAGCCGUAAACUCCAUAGACGCUUCCACCAACACGGCGCCGAAGCAGCGAUGCUGUGGGUGGAUGAGGAAGCGGUGCCCUUGUCCUCCACACGGCCUGCUGGCAUUGAUUAUUACCAAAGCAUCCAUGGCCGCAGUGUUAUUCGGUGUGAUUUGGUCCAUCACUGAGGUCCAGUGUCUCCCUGGAGGAAACUUGUUCGGCAUAUUUACGGUGUUUAUCUGCUCUCUGAUUGGAGGAAAGCUGGUGGGACUCGUACAUCUGCCCCACCUCCCACCCCUCCCUCCUCUCCUGGGUAUGUUAUUAGUAGGUGUCCUGCUCAGGAACAUCCCUGUGGUGACGGAAGCCGUCUACAUCAACUUCAGAUGGUCCGCCUCGCUCAGGAACGUCGCCCUGGCUGUCAUUCUGACCCGAGCUGGACUGGGAUUAGACGCCUCGGCGCUGAAGAAGCUGAAGGUGGUGUGUGUUCGUGUGGCUGCUGGUCCGUGUCUCAUCGAAGCCUUCACUGUGGCUCUGCUCUCUCACUUCUUCAUGGGGCUUCCCUGGAUCUGGGGCUUUAUACUGGGGUUUGUUCUGGGUGCUGUGUCUCCAGCUGUGGUGGUUCCCUCUAUGCUGCUGCUGCAGAAGGACGGGUACGGGGCGGAGCAGGGCAUCCCCACGCUCUUAAUGGCCGCCGGCAGCUUAGACGAUGUCCUGGCUAUCACAGGGUUCACCACCUGCCUCGGCAUCGCCUUCGCCACCGGUUCCACUUGGUUCAACAUCCUGCGAGGGUUUUUAGAGGUUUUAGGAGGCGUGGUUGUGGGUUUGGCUCUCGGCUUCUUCCUCCGCUAUUUUCCCAACAAAGAUCAGAAAGCUGUGGUACUGAAACGUUCCUUCCUGCUGCUGGGUCUCAGUGUGUUCUCCGUGUUCAGCUCUAACGUGGCUGGGUUCCCCGGUUCUGGUGGACUCUGUACACUCGUCCUUGCGUUCCUCGCUGGAACCGGCUGGGAAGAGAACAAGGCUCCUGUAGAGAAGGUAGUAGGUCUGGUAUGGGACGUGUUUCAGCCUCUGUUGUUUGGGCUGAUAGGUGCUGAAAUCCGCAUUAGUGCUCUAGAGCCCAUCACUGUGGCUCUCGGUCUCGCUGCUCUCAGCAUUGCCCUGAGUGUGAGGAUCUUCAUCACCUUCCUCGUGGUUCUCUGUGCUGGAUUUAAUCUGAAAGAGAAGAUCUUCAUCGCUCUGGCCUGGAUGCCUAAAGCCACUGUUCAGGCUGCGAUUGGCUCGACGGCUCUGGACAUGGCGCGUGUGAAGCAGGAUGAGGAGCUUCAGCGGUUUGGGAUGGACGUGCUGAGCGUAGCUGUUCUCUCCAUCCUCAUCACUGCUCCAGUCGGAGCGCUGCUUAUCGGCCUGUGUGGACCGCGCCUACUGAGGAGACCCCAGAACCCUGAGUGGGCUGUUAGUCAGGGUACUCUGUCUCCUUCAGAUGCUCGGGUCACCUAUGAGAGUGCAGUCUGAGGGUUUACAGUACACACUGUCAGAAGAUCUCUGACUCCAACACUCUGACUGGAUCUGAGUUUUCUCUGACUCUAACUCUGACUCCUCUGUGUCUCAGCUCUGACUCCUCUGUGUCUCUGCUCUGACUCCUCUGUGUCUCUGCUCUGACUCCUCUGUGUCUCUGCUCUGACUGCUCUCUGACUCUAACUCUGACUCCUCUGUGUCUCUGCUCUGACUCCUCUCUGACUCUAACUCUGACUCCUCUGUGUCUCUGCUCUGACUCCUCUCUGACUCUAACAUUAGCCUUUAGUCUUCUCUGUGACUCCUCUCUGGAUGUGUGACUCCUAUCUGCUCUGACUCCUCUGUGUCUCUGACUCUGCUGUGACUUUUCACUGAUGUGUCUAUGACUCCUUUGUAACUCUGUUAUGACUCUGUGACUCUGUACUGUGUCUCCUGUGUGACCCCUCUGUAAGUCUCUGACUCUCCUGGGACUCAUUUGACUGUGACUUCUCCAGGUCACGUAAAUAACAGUGUGACAUUUGUCAUAAUUUUUUAAGGACUUUAUGUUUUUUGUCUGUUUUUAUAUUUACAAGCUCACUGUAUAUGAAGAGUUGAAAAAUAGAAACAAAUGCUAUUUAUGAUGUAUAAAUGUUAUAUACACUGGAGAUCAAAAUUAGAGAA